UUCCAGGUCCCAACUCUCUCUACGUCUCCCUAUCUCAGUUCUAUUUCUAUACAAACUUACAAACAGAAGCCAAACCAAACCAUCGGUACGUUGUGCUAAUCCUCGCCGGAAGCCAAUGGCCUCCGUUUGCAAAUCAGACUGUGUCGAAGAUGCCUGUGUCCCGAUGCGACUAACCUAUGCCAACCUCUACAAGUGGCCGGAAUCCGACGCCGAGUUCGUGAAGUCCGUUAGCUCAAAAGAGAACCGGGGGCCGGGGGCGCAUGCGCAUUCUAGAGUGGUGGACAGCAUUUCAUGCAGGCAAAUGUAUUUGAGGAGCUACACGUUCUCAAGACACAAGAGUAGUAUCCCUGAAAAGACCAAGAAGUGCUUGGGAAGAGUACUGCAGAGAUCAGUUGCCAUGGCCGAUAGAAUUAGAAGAGGUCAGGGCAAGGAAAGCGGCACUACUAGAAGAGUGGCCACUGCCGAUAGUAUUAGAAGAGAUCAGGGCAAGGAAAACAGUACUACUGCUGUUCGGAAGAGGCGGUUUGGCCUGUUGAUCUGGAGGUUGGCCAUGGAGGGUCGUUCGAGCGGCACCUUGUCCUCGUUUUUCCGGCGGUUGUUGUUUUGCACUGCCAAGGUUGAUGCGGUUAAUCAUGGAGACACCUGAUUCCAUGCAUGCUCUUAUUUUUAUUUUGCUAGUUUUUCGUUUUUAGCGAGUUUGAUUUAUUUUAUGGUCUUAAAUUUAUUCGAUGAUGUUUAAGAUCAACUUUCUCGCUUGAAAUUAAGUCGGAGGAUAUUUGGAUUGUAGAACACAAAAGGUACAUCUAUGGGGGAAUCACACUAGUUAGUAGUAUCAUAUCUUUUAGGUUGUGGACGAAAAGAUCACCCCUUCCCAAAAUUCCUGUCAUAAUAUCGCAUUACUCUGAAAUUUUGGUUAUAUUGAUCUGUGCUCAUUACAUGAGUACUUAAUAAAUUUUAAUUG